AUGGCGCAUAACUACGAGGUUGGAACGAGAGCCUGGCAACCCGAGCCAACUGAGGGUUGGGUAGCCUCCGAGGUCAAGGAGAAGCUGGUUGAUGGCGACAAAGUUCGCCUUGUCUUCCUCUUGGAAAAUGGCGAGACCAAGGAGAUAGAAACUACGCAGGCCGAAUUGCAGGUGGACAACAAUUCAAAACUGCCGCCGUUAAUGAACCCUGCUAUGCUUGAAGCGAGCGAAGACCUUACAAACUUGUCCCAUUUGAAUGAGCCAGCUGUCUUACAGGCCAUCAAAUUACGAUAUGCGCAAAAAGAGAUUUACACCUAUAGUGGUAUUGUGCUUAUUGCUACCAAUCCCUUUGCCCGCGUCGAUUCGUUGUAUGUACCACAAAUGGUCCAGGUGUAUGCUGGGAAGCAUCGAGCGUCCCAGGCACCCCACCUCUUCGCCAUCGCAGAGGAAGCCUUUGGCGACAUGUUACGGGAUGGGAAGAAUCAAACGAUUGUCGUCUCCGGCGAGUCCGGUGCCGGAAAAACCGUCAGCGCGAAAUACAUCAUGCGAUACUUUGCGACACGGGAAUCUUCAGACCAGCCCGGAAAGUACACGACAAGCAGGGCCGAUGCGAUUAGCGAGACAGAAGAACAAAUUUUGGCUACAAAUCCGGUUAUGGAAGCUUUUGGUAAUGCAAAAACGACGCGCAAUGACAAUUCCUCUCGAUUUGGAAAGUAUAUCGAAAUCAUGUUUGACGACAAGACCAAUAUCGUUGGUGCCAAGAUCAGGACGUACCUUUUGGAGAGGUCACGCUUGGUGUUUCAGCCUCUCAAGGAACGCAACUAUCACAUCUUUUAUCAGCUUGUGGCCGGGGCGACAGAUUCGGAGAAGCAGGAACUCGGGCUUGCGUCCGUUGAAGACUUUGAUUAUCUUAACCAGGGCGGGACUCCAACUAUCGACGGGGUCGACGACAAGGCAGAAUUCCUUGCGACAAAAAAGUCCCUAGCGACCAUUGGCGUACCCGAAGAGAAGCAGUCAGAGAUCUUCCGCGUCCUUGCGGCAUUGCUACACCUCGGCAAUGUCAAAAUCACUGCCACAAGGACCGAUUCGACUCUCUCAUCUUCUGAACCAUCCCUAGCUAGGGCGUGUGAAAUGCUUGGGAUCGAUGCCAAUGAAUUUGCCAAAUGGAUAAUAAAGAAACAGCUUGUUACAAGAGGGGAGAAGAUAACUUCCAACUUGACCCAGCAACAGGCCAUUGUCGUGAGAGAUUCAGUUGCCAAGUUCAUAUACUCGAGUUUAUUCGACUGGCUGGUCGACAUAAUUAACCGAGGCUUGGCGACCGAUCAGGUGCUAAGCAAUUCCAAGUCAUUCAUAGGAGUAUUGGAUAUCUACGGGUUUGAGCAUUUUGCCAAAAACUCGUUUGAACAGUUUUGCAUCAACUACGCCAACGAGAAACUGCAGCAGGAAUUCAAUCAGCAUGUUUUCAAGCUUGAACAGGAAGAAUAUGUGCGAGAGCAGAUUGAUUGGACCUUUAUCGACUUUUCGGAUAAUCAGCCGUGCAUUGACCUGAUCGAAGCCAAGUUGGGAAUCCUAUCCCUUCUAGACGAAGAGUCCAGAUUGCCAAUGGGCUCCGACGAGCAGUUUGUGACGAAACUUCAUCAUAAUUUUGCUGCCGAUAAGCAAAAGUUUUAUAAGAAACCACGAUUUGGAAAAUCAGCAUUCACCAUUUGCCAUUACGCCGUUGACGUGACAUACGAAUCCGACGGCUUCAUCGAGAAAAAUCGGGACACCGUGCCAGACGAACAUAUGGAAAUCUUGCGCAAUUCCUCCAACGAUUUUAUAAAGCAAGUGCUGGAUACCGCUGCCGCCGUCCGCGAAAAGGACUCUGCCGCAGUAUCAUCCAAGCCUGUCAACGCCCCAGGUCGCAAAAUCGGUGUUGCCAUAAACCGCAAGCCCACACUUGGUGGGAUCUUCAAAUCCUCUCUCAUCGAGCUCAUGGGCACUAUAAAUUCUACCGAGGUGCACUACAUCCGUUGCAUCAAACCCAACGAAGCAAAGGAGGCUUGGAAGUUUGAAGGACCAAUGGUGCUCAAUCAACUGAGGGCUUGUGGCGUUCUCGAAACAGUUCGGAUCAGUACGGCUGGAUACCCUACUCGAUGGACUUAUGAGGAAUUUGCUAUUCGUUAUUAUAUGCUGUGCCACUCGUCUCAGUGGACGUCCGAGAUCAAGAACAUGUGCCAUGCCAUUUUACAAAAAGCCCUUGGCAGUUCCACACAGCAACGACACGACAAGUACCAACUAGGGUUGAGUAAGAUUUUCUUCCGAGCUGGUAUGCUUGCAUUUUUGGAGAAUCUCCGCACUUCAAGGUUGAACGAGUGCGCGAUCAUGAUUCAGAAGAAUUUGCGGUGCAAAUACUACCGGCGCAGAUAUCUUGAAGCGCGCUCUUCUGUUCUUGCUACACAGUCCCUUGUCAGAGGAUUCCUUGCUCGACAGCGUGCAGCAGAAAUUCGCCAGAUCAAGGCAGCUACGACUAUUCAGAGGGUAUGGAGAGGUCAGAAAGAGAGGAAAAAGUACAAUCAGAUUCGCGCCAACGUCAUCCUUCUCCAGUCGCUCACAAAGGGUUUCCUUUGCCGGCGGAAUAUCCUGGAUACAAUUCACGGCAAUGCCGCCAAGGUCAUACAACGUGCUUUCCGCUCUUGGCGGCAACUGCGCGCGUGGCGGCAGUAUCGUCGGCAAGUCGUCAUAGUGCAAAACCUCUGGAGAGGUAAACAGGCAAGGAAACAGUACAAGACCCUCAGAGAAGAAGCCAGAGACCUGAAGCAGAUCUCGUACAAGCUUGAGAACAAGGUUGUCGAGUUAACUCAGUACCUGGAAUCUCUAAAACGUGAGAACAAAUCACUCAAUUCUCAACUUGAAAACUACGAGACCCAGCUCAAGUCUUGGAGGAGUCGGCAUAAUGCAUUGGAGAAUCGGUCAAGAGAGCUGCAAGCAGAGGCCAAUCAAGCCGGAAUUACUGCUGCCCGCUUGACGGCUCUGGAGGAAGAGAUGAGUAAACUGCAGCAGAACCAUGCCGAGGCUCAGGCAAAUGUCAAGCGCCUUCAGGAAGAAGAAAGGGUUUCUCGUGAAUCAAUACGAUCAGCAAACCAAGAACUCGAGAAGCUCAAGCAACUGAACGCGGAGGCGGAAAGCGAAAAGUCCACUCUCCGUCAGCAGGUUCUUGACCUUGAGGAGCAACUGGAGGUUGCGAAGAGGACAUUGCCUGCUCAAGUUAUAAACGGCGAUCAGCAGAACGGUGGUCCUGCUCCGCCACCUGCCAAUGGGCUCAUCAAUUUGGUGUCUUCGAAAAAGACUAAACCGAAGCGGCGCAGCGCUGGCGCAGAGAGGAUCGACACUGAUCGAUUUAGUGGAGCCUAUAACCCUCGCCCUGUAUCGAUGGCCAUUCCAAGCGCGUUGGGCCGCCAGAAUUUCACGGGCGCCGCACUUGCAUCGUCCGGACUUGACUCUGUGGAGGCAGAGCUUGAGACCUUACUCUCGGAAGAGGACGAGCUCAAUGAGGAAGUGACAAUGGGUCUGAUUCGAAACUUGAAGAUCCCAGCACCCAACUCUACUCCUCCACCUACGGAAAAGGAGGUGCUCUUCCCCGCCUACCUGAUCAACCUCGUUACUUCUGAGAUGUGGAACAAUGGCUUCGUCAAAGAGUCUGAGCGCUUUUUGGCCAACGUCAUGCAAUCAAUACAGCAGGAAGUCAUGCAGCAUGAUGGCGAGGAUGCCAUCAACCCGGGCGCUUUCUGGCUGUCUAACGUCCAUGAGAUGCUCUCAUUUGUGUUUCUGGCCGAGGAUUGGUACGAGGCGCAAAAAACCGAUAACUAUGAGUAUGACCGCCUUCUGGAAAUCGUCAAACAUGAUUUAGAAAGCUUAGAGUUCAACAUUUAUCACACUUGGAUGAAGGUGCUGAAAAAGAAGCUGUUCAAGAUGAUUGUUCCAGCCAUCAUUGAGUCCCAGUCUCUUCCCGGCUUUGUCACAAAUGAAACAAGCCGGUUUCUUGGGAAGCUUCUGCCAUCGAACAACAACCCUGCCUACAGCAUGGACAAUCUCCUCAGUCUCUUGAACAAUGUGUACAAGGCUAUGAAGGCCUUUUACCUGGAGGACACAAUUGUUACCCAGACUGUCACAGAGCUUCUGCGUCUUGUCGGUGUCACGGCUUUCAACGACCUCUUAAUGAGACGAAACUUUCUUUCUUGGAAGCGAGGUCUACAAAUCAAUUACAACAUAACACGCAUCGAGGAGUGGUGUAAGAGUCAUGAUAUGCCAGAGGGAACUCUACAGCUAGAACAUUUGAUGCAAGCAACCAAGCUUCUUCAGUUGAAGAAGGCUACGCUGAACGAUAUUGAGAUUAUCCAGGAUAUCUGUUGGAUGCUUUCCCCCAAUCAGAUCCAGAAACUCCUGAAUCAAUAUCUCGUGGCCGAUUACGAGCAGCCUAUCAACGGGGAAAUCAUGAAGGCGGUCGCUUCUCGUGUCACUGAGAAAAGCGACGUGCUUCUUCUGACCCCGGUUGACAUGGAGGACAGUGGCCCGUACGAAAUCGCUGAACCGCGAGUUAUCACAGCUUUGGAAACAUACACCCCGUCUUGGCUCCAAACACCCCGACUGAAACGCCUAGCUGAAAUCGUCUCGGCACAGGCUAUGGCUCAACAAGACAAACCAGAUAUCCCGGAGAACGGCGAAGUACCUGCUGAAUAG